AUUCUCCAUUCUCAGUUUUGCAAGGUCUUUACCAGUAAGUCCUUGACGUAUUUUCUUGAUACCCACAAGCUAACCUUACACCAGAAGAGACAGAAAGAUGGAAAACCCGGAAUUCAUGCGGCUGGUGAACUGGAAAGUCCAGGCAAUAGUUCGCGCCCAGUCUCGAAAAGGGCUGCAUCCAGGAAAAGUACCACCUCGCGAGGAAGUGAUCAAGGAGUUCAUGGCCCAGCGUGAAAAGACGAGCAAAUUGAGCCCUGACCGGCUUCGAUUCUCAUUCUUCCCCCCAGCCUACCCCCCUUGCACCCGUCCGUUGUCUGAACUGAAGAAAACCAUGCUCAACGAUCUUCUCCUGGAAACCCACCACAGGGACAGCUACCUUCUGUUGAGGUCCGUCACCCCGUCGUACAGGGAUAACACUGUUUUCUCCAUUGUUGAGGAUGAAAGCGGGGAUUUUAUGUUGCUGGAGCUGUACUACCAGGAUAGACAGCGUGAUGUGGAGGACAUUGUCAAAGAGGGGACGGUGCUGGUUGUGAAGGAGCCGUACCUUCGCCCCGACGCCAAUGGUGGCCAUGGGGUUCGUGUUGAUCACUUGUCCGACCUCAUCCGUCUUCCAGAAUAUGAUGAGCGGAUCCCAGUUGUCUGGCAGUCGGAUAGCAGUGCCCUCCAGCUCUCUGCUGAUACCUGGAAAACAAAGGGAAACAACUACUUCAACAGUCGCAAGUACAAUAACGCCAUUGACUGCUACACCCGAGGCCUCGACUGCUCCCCGACUGUAGACGAGAUCCGCGCCCUCAACCUCAAUCGCUCGAUUGCCUUUAUCAAAACCAAGCAGUUUGCUGCCGCCCUCGCCGAUGCCGAUUCCGCGAUAGCAGCCACAGGGCCCACGGAAAAGGCUCUAAUCUGCAAGGUCCAGGCCCUGUACCACCUCGAGCGGUUCCAGGAAUGCUGCGAGAUCCUCAAAGGUCUCCUCGAAGGAAACCCCAGCAACGCAGUGGUCCAGAACGAACUUACCCGAGCAACUGAGCGCCUCGCAGAGCAAGAAACCGGCAGCUACCAAUUCAAAAAAUUGCACGCAGCGGCAAACAAGCUCCGUCCACCGCUCUUGGACCAUGCGACCUACAUUGGCCCUGUGAUUGUCAAGGAGGCCGGGGCUUACGGACGUGGUCUGUUCACUACAAAAGAUGUCAAGGCUGGAGAUCUUCUGCUUUGUGAGAAGGCGUUUGGAUAUGCGUUCGCGGAUCCAGAGCACAAACGGGAUGUGGCUAUGAUUAUCAACAUGGGUACCAACCAACAGUGGUUUGGGACUCAGACAGAACUCAUCAGGGCGAUUGCGCAGAAGAUUUAUGCCAAUCCGUCAUUGAUCUCUGCCAUCACUGACUUGUACGCCGGUGCAUACGAAUCUGUUGAUGUGGCGGAAGUCGAUGGCAAACCAGUGGUCGAUACAUUCCUAAUCGAGCGCAUCAUGGACGCCAACGCCUUCGGCUGCGCACCCUCAGCAGUCCAGGACCACUUCGAAGAAACCCUCUCCGCGCGCGAAGGCGUAGCCGUCAACAAAGACAAAUACACCUACCACUCCUGUGGCGUCUGGCCCAUAACCUCCCACAUCAACCACUCCUGCUACUCAAACGCCCACCGCUCCAUCACAGGCGACAUGCUCACCCUCCGCGCAACCCAAGACAUCCCCGCAAACACAGAAGUCACUAUCAGCUACAAGCCGCCCGUCCCCGACUUCGACGAGGAACGGAUCCGCUUCCGCAGCUGGGGAUUCGUCUGCCGCUGUGUGCUCUGCGAGGAUGACCAUGGUACCUGCAAGGGUACCCACGACUCCCGCAAGGACUUGCAUAAAGCCGCGCUUGUGUACAUCCGUCGUAGCUCCGCUUCUAAUGCUACGUCUAAGCUUGAGUCUAUCGCUACCAGCCUUGCUGAUACUUACACCCAGCCUGCGGCUAAAGCGCCCCGCAUUAUCCUCUUUAAUCUCCUUUUCGACCUCGCCAGGAUCUACCUGCGCAAGAAGCAGCCCGGCAACGCUGUUACCUCUGCGCUGAGAACCUUCCAGGCCCUGGGCUAUGUCAUCGAGGGUGGCUCGCCCGAUACCGAAACCGAUAUGUCCCUAGUCGUCAAACGCUGGGGACUCUUCCAGAACUCUCUCAUCGAAUGCUGGAUCAUUCUCGUUCUCGCGUAUAGCGAUCUGGCGAAGCCGGGGCUCUCAGGACAGGCGGAGAUGUAUGCUAAAAUGUCGUAUAAGAUGUCUGUUGGUGAGGAUGAGAGUUUCGACGAGACUUAUGGGCAGCAUAUUCGGUUUGGUGCGGCUCGGCUGUUUGCUUAGUUUCUCGUGAUGGUUGAUGUUUUGUAUUGGCAUUUGGGAAUAGGGGGUUGAUCUUGAGUUAAGCAUGGGCAAAAGUGAAAAUUGUGUUGAGUGUUUGCGUCUUUUUUUCUGUGUUUGUUUUGGGUUGUUGGUGUUGACUACGGCCGACGAUUCUAAAUAGCCCUAGCAGACGUUAAUAGUAGUAUCUCAAGAAAAGUCGUGAGGCGCUGUCUCGCAAUAAUGUGAUAAUUCAUC